CGUGGUCAGAAUAAUUAUGAACCAAAACUCAGUGAUCCGCCAUAUCGAGCACGCGGAGUAGUCGCCUAGUAGGAGCAGUUCUAUAAGCAGCGAGUUUCAGCGUUGAACAGCACGCCAUGGCGAACAAAGGAGUCGAAUUAUAUCCAGUUGGGUAUGACAGCCGCGCUGGUUUGGCAGAUUCCGAGAUCAGGCAAAGUAAGGCAAGUUUCGGUGGUAAUGGCGAGCCAGAAGUUGAAUUCGAAGAAGAACGAGAGACUUGGGGUAGAAAGCUCGAUUUUUUGUUAUCGUGCAUCGGAUACGCCGUCGGUCUGGGAAACGUUUGGCGUUUUCCUUAUCUUUGCUACAACAACGGUGGAGCUUCCUUCCUGAUCCCUUACGGGAUUUUCCUGGUAUUCUGCGGAAUUCCUAUUUUCUACUUGGAGGUCGCCCUUGGUCAGUUUACCCAACAAGGCGUAGUCGGUGCCUGGGCAGCGUACGUUCCCUUCUUAGGAGGUAUUGGCCUUGGCAUGGUGAUCAUCACCUUCCUGUGCAGUGUGUAUUACAAUGUUAUUUUAGCGUGGACAUUUUACUACCUGUUUGCAUCAUUCCAAAAGCAACUACCGUGGGAAAAUUGUGGAAACAACUGGAACACUCCUUCAUGUCAGACAAACCGCUCAGCCACUUGUGGGAAAGAAGAAUGUGGAUGGGUCUCCCCAGAAGAAGAAUAUUUCAACAUAAAAGUCCUUCAAAUAAGUGAAGGUAUCCAUGCUGCCGGCGAAGUGAGGUUUGAACUCGCCAUGUGUCUUCUACUGGGCUGGAUUGUUGUCUACUUCUGUGUUUGGAAGGGAAUAAAGUCUGCUGGAAAGGUUGUUUAUUUGACAGCCACGUUUCCAUAUGUGGUUUUGUUUAUUCUGCUCAUUCGCGGGGCCACCUUAGAAGGCGCAGGCAAAGGGGUUGAAUUCUAUCUGAAACCCAACAUGACAAGACUGAGCGAUCCGCAGGUGUGGGUGUCGGCCGCUGGUCAGAUCUUCUUCUCUUUAAGUGUCGGAUUUGGCGGACUGAUUACAUAUGGCAGCUACAACAAAUUCAAGAACAACUGUGAGAAAGACACACUUAUCGUGUCCCUUAUCAACUGUGGUACAAGUCUUUUUGCUGGCUUUGUCAUAUUCACUAUGAUGGGUUACAUGGCCAGUGUCCUCCAAACAGAUGUGGGUAACGUCGUAAAAGGAGGGCCUGGUUUGGCAUUUAUCGCCUACCCUGAAGGAAUCAAACAGAUGCCUGCAUCACCUUUCUGGGCGUUCAUUUUCUUCUUUAUGUUGUUCAACCUUGGACUAGACAGUCAGUUUGUCGGUGUGGAAACGGUCACAACAGUGCUGGCAGACUGGAAACCAGGCUUCCGUCGCUACAAAUCUGUCAUCACACUUGGUUUCUGUAUCGUGUGCUACUUACUCGGACUUGCUCACGUGACUGAGGGUGGAAUGUACGUGUUUCAGUUGUUUGAUUAUCAGGCUGGAGGGAUCUCCCUUGUGUUAAUAGCUUUCAUGGAGGCCGUUGGGAUUGGAUGGUUCUAUGGUAUUGAACAAUUUUGCACUGAUAUCGAGAACAUGAUUGGCCACCGUCCCAACAUGUACUUCCGCCUAUGCUGGAAGUUCAUUUCUCCUCUGAUUAUCUUCGUGAUCUUCGUCUGGUUCUGUGUGGACUGGGCAGGCAUCUCUUACAAUAACGUGAAAUAUCCCGGAUGGGCCGAGUUCUGUGGCUGGAUGCUGUGUAUAUCGGCCGUUAUGUGUGUCCCUGGAUAUGCCUUCUACAGGUGGUGGAUACUUCCAGAAGGAACUGCUUACGAGCGUUUCCGUACAAUUCUCCAACCUGAUCCAGUUAUUAUGGACAAGAUCGCACGAAGGAACAACAUCAAACUACAGCAGUAUACUUACUACUUGUGAUACAAGACGGAGCUUUGAACGUGGAACUUCAGUUUAAUCUGAAAAUCGAGUUACUAUUUUACUGCAUAAUUAAUCACAACCGCUAAAUAUUGCUAGUUCAUGUCCUGUUUUUUUUGUUUUUUUUUUAUAAAAAUAAAGUACAUUUACAUUACAAUCGGCUUGGAAUUUGUGAGGCACAAAAUUAUGGCCCUUCAAAUUACCCAAAAACCGCCAAAGGGUGUACUGUUAGCAGUAUUUAGUUCUUCUAGCGCUUUUUUCCCUUAUUUCUCUGGAGGAGUACUCUGGAUAGAUUAGGUAUUUUCUUUAUAAAAUAAUUGUUUACCUAGAGCUGUUCCAUUAAUUAAAAGGUAUCGUGGAAAAGGCGGAGAAAAACUGUUUGUUGUAUGACACCACGGCCAUUAAUUGAAAGAUCGGAAAAUUAAGGAUUUUCUCAUCGUCGCCAAUGUCUUCCCUUGUAAAAGUGGUAUAAAACUAACUCCUUGGCCAAAAUUUUUUGGGUCUAACGACCACAUUUCUCUUCUGACUGGGUGGGGGGAGGGGGGGCGGAGGGGCUAAGGCAUUUGUCAGUUAUUUUGUAUCUCUCUUUUGAAAAGCUACCACACAAAAAAUUUAAGUUGUGCGAAAAAGAAAUCAAACAGAGUCUGACCCUUUCACUUUAAUUCCAACAGUAGGGAAAUGAUUAGUGGUAAUUACCAAAUGUGCAGUGAGGACAAUAAUUUCUUCCAAGAAGGUUAAUUUAAAUGGCAUCAUUAUAUAGUCGUAUGGCACGCACGCCUUAACGUUUUUUUUCAAAGUUUUUUUUUUGUAGUUUUUAGGUGUCAAAAUUUUUGUGGUUCAUCUUUUCUGUAUGUCGCAAGAUUAAGUUCAAAACUUUACAUAACCAAGUAAACUGUGUUAUCAGUUGAUUUUUAUGAAAUGAAUAUAACCAAACUAAGGGUGAUCUUUUGUGUGUUGAGAACCGUUGUAGUCAGGGGCUGAAAAAUGAGCUUAAACUGGGGUAUAAUCAUUUUAACUUUAGGAACAGUUUUUCGCGUUCAUUGUGAUUUGGGCUUUAGCUAAUUUUGCCUAAAUUUGACGUCACGUGUUUCAUCUGAUUUAUUAAUAUAUGAUUUGUAGAACGUGUUAAAGUUUCACGAUUUUUGGAUAUAUGCUUAGUUACUUCAUAAGAAGUAGACAGCUUGAGAGAGAAGUGUUUUCUUAGAAAGACCAUCUCAGCGAGGGUUCUCAAAAUUUAGUAGGACUAUAAAAAAUCCCAUCAGCCAAAACUCUAAAUUUUGUACAGAGAAUUAAACUCCUUGAAUUAAAGAGCGAAACUCCACUGUUAGAUCCUAGAUUGGGUUUAUUUCGCGCUUUGAAUUAAAGUGAUGUUAUCGAUGGAUACAUUUUUCAAACUGCCCGAACUCGACAACGAGAAAGUCAGAGGUAACUUAUUUGCCAUGUGGCCAUUCAAAACCCAAUUUUCGUUGACCUCAGUAAAACAUAGGCUCAUUUUAGAUAUUAGAAUAAUCAAGUAUACAGUUUUCUACAGCAGGCUCGGUAUUAUUCUCAGCUGUAGUUAAUGUAAGUUGAAGGUAAAUAAAAAUGGGAUUACAUGGA